GAUGGACCUUGGGAUUGUCGACUUGGUCAUACGAUAGAUACAUAGAUUAUUGUCAUUUCGAUGCCUAUGACAAAUCUAAUGCAGUCCGCUAGAAUUAUUCAGGCAAAUGGGACUAGCCAGGGUGACGCGACCAGCGUAGCUCUAUCAGACAGACUAAAUGUGGACCUUCACCGGACAACAAAAACAGACUAGCUACAGACGUUGUUAAUAAACGCCAUUUCUUUCGAAAAAAUGAAAUUAGAGAUUCGUCGAUGUUAUUUUGAAGAUGAUGAAAAUGCGUCAAAGUGCGUCUAGACGUUGGUCAAGGAAAACUUGAUAUUUCCUCUUUCGUUUAUUGCUAUGAAAAUCUGAGGUUUGAAUAUGCCACUAUAGAGGAAGAUUGUGUUGCAGGCUGUAUAGACUAGCCUACGCGCUGUUACCUCUCCAAAAUGUGUUUAGACUCAAUGUAGGCCUUCCUUCGACCUAAUGCGACAAUACAUCCGAAGAUUGUGAAAAUUACUUGAAAUGAUUGGCACGGAAACUGGACACAUUGGGUCUGUCUGCGUGAAACUUGUGUUUAAUGGGCUCUGUGAACAUUAGGCUACCUGUGGCCCAACCCAGUUGUGUCAUCGCUGAACGAGGACAGACAUAUCCUAUAUUGAGUGUGGUAGUGGCUUUAAUAUUGACUGGAGAAUGUGUUCAUAUCACAGGGUACUCGCCGCUUCUCUGAAUAAGGUUUCCCAUAUCUUUACAUAUGCCAGAAAUCGAAGACGCUAAAUGUAAUGGAAAGAGGACAACUGCCCCUGUUAUGUAGAAUGGAUCCUCAGAGCUCCCAGUAAGCGUAGGGACAGAGGGAGGCCAACACCAGGACAUCUUUGUCUGCUCAGAAUCACCUCAGCACCUCACACCUAGGAUCACACAGCUCAGAGCUGAAGGUAUGCCUAACCAGACCCACAUCUUUGGCAUUGAUGGCCCAGGGAGCCUCCUGGCAGUGUUGGCCUCACAGAGAGCCAGCAGCAUCCGCAGCAACAGCAGUGAGGGAGUGUCAGCUGUGACGGUGUCCGUCUACAUCAAGCUGGUGUUCCUGGGUCUGAUCAUCUGUGUCAGCCUGGCAGGCAACCUGCUGGUGUCCCUACUGGUCCUCCGAGACCGGGCCCUCCACAAGGCCCCCUAUUUCUUCCUCCUGGACCUGUGCCUGGCUGACGUUGUGCGCUCCGCAGCCUGCUUCCCCUUCGUCCUUGUGUCUGUCAACAACAGCUCAGCGUGGACCUACAGCGCCUUCAGCUGCAAGGUGGCGGCCUUCCUGGCCGUGCUCUUCUGCUUUCACGCUGCCUUCAUGUUGUUCUGUGUGGCUGUGACCCGCUACCUGGCCACCGCCCACCACCGCUUCUACACCAAACGCAUGACGGUCUGGACCUGUGCCGCCAUAAUCUGUAUGGUCUGGACGCUGGCCGUUGCCAUGGCGUCCCCGCCCGUCUUUGACGUGGGGACGUACAAGUUCAUCCACGAUGAGGACCAGUGCAUUUUUGAGCACCGCUACCUUAAGACCAACGACACCCUGGGCUUCAUGCUCAUGCUGGCUGUCGUGGUCCUGGCCACCCAUGGGUUCUACGCCAAACUCCUGCUGUUUGAAUACAAGCACCGCAAGAUGAAGCCUGUCCAGCUAGUGCCGGCCAUUAGCCAGAACUGGACCUUCCACGGCCCAGGGGCCACGGGCCAGGCAGCUGCCAACUGGAUGGCCGGGUUUGGCCGGGGCCCCAUGCCUCCCACCCUGCUGGGCAUCAGGCAGAGUUUGCACAACCAGCAGCACCGGCGCAUGAUGGGAAUGGAGGAGGUGAGGGCGGAGAGGAGGCUGGGCCGGAUGUUUUACAUCAUCACUCUGCUCUUCCUGGUGCUCUGGGCUCCGUAUAUAAUGGCCUGCUUCUGGAGGGUGUUUGUCAAGUCUUGCUCCAUUCCGCAUAGGUACCUCUCAAUCACAGUGUGGAUGAGCUUCGCCCAGGCUGGGGUCAACCCAAUCUUCUGCCUCCUGCUCAAUGAGGACUUGAGGAAAGUGCUGAGGGCCCACUUGCCUUCCUACAGCAGGACUAGACAACAUCAGCACCUGCCUCGUCAUGAGCUGUUGGUGUUCACCAUCACAUGAUGCUCUGUUGCAUUGUGGGAUGUGGGUGGGAUUGAAGUGUUUUGCUAUGUACCAUACAGAAAUGCCUAUCUGACCUUUUUGGGUAAAGAGAAUGUUUAUCAGAUGCUACUAUUUUUACAAAAUAAUCAAGACCCUGGUUUCAUAUGUGAUGUAUAGACUGUGAGUGUGUGUCGGUGUGUGUGUUUGUAGACACGUGUGUAGUAUGAGAAGCAGGUUUGUAGUAAUACUUGGUAAUGAACAUUAUCAGUACAUUCUCAUUUAUAUGGCUAAAAAUGAUGUCAGAAAUAUUCAAAGUCAUUUGCAAGUCAUAAGUUAUCAUCAGUUGCAGAUAAAUGAGUCCAGAUGAGAAGCAUUGUAACAGGAUCCGUAUCAGCUUGUUUGUUUCUUUAAACGUCAGGGAACACCAAUAUUACCUGGGCUUAGUAUGUGCCUUCUAUAUUCCAGAUAAUCAUACAAUUUAAAUGUAAAUCCCUGAUUUAUCUAGGAGUAAUGUUUGGAAUUCAACGCUAAUAACUUCUGACUUAAAUAUAACUGACAGAAAUCUGUUCAAGGAGACCAAUUUCUAAAUGUUGCAUAACAGCAUAGCAAACAUUCCAUAAACAGUUUUUGUCAUGAUUCCCAGAGAAAUUGGGGACAUUAAAAACUAAGAAGUGAAACCAAGUGUAAGUUUUUGGAUUCUGGCAUUCUAAGAUAUUCUGUUGUACAGUAAUUUAAGUGGCUGUUUAUUUCCACUUAACAAUAAAGUCUACUUUUGAUUCAUUUUGA